GAGGACAAUAAAGAAUUAAUUAUCGGUGGCACUCUACAGCAAAAGAUAUCCUGCUGUCUCGACGAGCUUGAUAAGUUUCUACUUCAAAGUCGGCCCAUUGUAAGCAGCAUGGUUGUAGCUGAAAAAAAAAAGAAAUGUCAAGGAAAUCUGAUAGAAACAAUUGCUGAUAUUUUAUACAUAAGUAACAUAAAGCUUGUGAGUCCAAAUUCAUCUCUGGCCGAACUUGGAAUGGACU